CUUCAAUUCCGGCCAUAUGUGCUGUACUUGAACAACAUGUUUGGGUUACCGAGGUUCUUUGGAUUUAGAGGCAGACAGCUGAACCUGGCUAUCAGCUCGCUGGGCAGUCUUGAUUUCUUGCUUUUCGGAUAUGAUCAGGGUGUCACCGGUGGUCUGCUGGACCUCCCGUCCUUUAUCAAAUACUUCCCCGACAUCAAUGACAAAGCUGAGGGCAUCGACCAAGCUUUGAAAUCGCAGCGCAGUUUGAACCAGGGCAUUGCCGUCGCAUCUUACAAUUUGGGAUGCUUCUGUGGCUCCAUCUUGACUAUCUUUAUCGGAAAUCCACUCGGUCGACGAAAAACGAUCUUCCUCGGUUGUUGCACUAUGGCGACUGGGGCUUUGUUGCAAGCAACCGCGUUUCAUUUGCCACAUUUUAUUAUCGGUCGGAUUGUCACUGGUAUCGGGAAUGGUAUGAACACGAGUACGGUGCCCACAUGGCAGUCAGAGUCAGCCAAAGCCCAUGAUCGUGGUAAGCUGGUCAUGAUUGAGGGUAUGCUCAUCACUGGAGGCAUUACACUCAGUUACUGGAUCAAUUACGGAUUUUCGUUUAUCCCCAAUAGUGAGGUGGCAUGGCGUUUUCCACUCGCCUUCCAGAUUCUCUUCGCUGUAGUGAUUUUUAUCUCGAUUAUGAACCUGCCCGAAUCUCCGCGGUGGCUGGUGAUGCAGGGCCGCAACGAUGAGGCUUUGGAAAUCCUUGAAUACCUUAAUGAAAAGCCACGUGACGACCCCUAUAUUGUGAACGAGUUCAGAUCCAUUCAGGAGACCGUUAAGGAAAUGUCGAAGGGCUCUUACCGAAGUUUGUUCGAUAUGAGCGAGUACCGGGAAUUCCAUCGCGUGGCGCUCGCUUAUGUCAAUCAGAUGUUCCAGCAGAUAUCCGGCAUUAAUCUUAUCACGUACUAUGCUCCCUCUCUGUACAGCGAAAUUGGUCUGGGCGAAGGCAAUUUGCCAAAGUUGUUGGCCGCCUGCAACGGCACCGAAUACCUCAUGGCUGCAUUUAUCCCGAUCUUCAUCAUCGAAAAAGCUGGACGUCGGCCACUCAUGCUCUUUGGAGCUGCGGGCAUGUCUAUCUCCAUGGCUGUGCUGGCGGGUACCAACUACCGGUUGACACACCUCGGUGACAGCCAAGCCGGUAUUGGACAGGCCGUGUUCCUCUUCGUCUUCAACACCUUCUUUGCCAUCGGUUGGCUAGGAAUGACCUGGUUAUACCCGGCUGAGAUCGUCCCACUGCGAAUUCGUGCACCAACCAACGCACUAGCAACCAGCGCGAACUGGAUCUUCAACUUCAUGGUGGUUAUGAUUACACCGGUAUCAUUCACCAAUAUCGGUUACAAGACCUAUGUCAUUUUCGCUGUUAUAAAUGCAUUCAUGUUCCCCUGUGUGUAUUUCUUCUUCCCAGAAACACGCUACCGUUCCCUGGAAGAGAUGGACAACAUCUUCAAGAAGUCAACCAACGUUUUCAACGCGGUGACAAUCUCCAUCAAAGAACCUUACCGCUACGAUAAACACGGCCAGCUAAAGCCGGAGUACCUCGAAGAGGCUAUCCGUCGCGAAAGCGCUACGGUCCCGGCCAGCGGCAAGCCCUUCGAGAGCGACGACAGUACCACCGAAGUCAAGGCUUGAGCGAUACGGAGGAGAGGAAUAUAAUAGACGUCGAGUUGGCCGCAUGUAUAUCACUUAUACCCACCUCCCGAAUGUGGUUUCAUUUGGGUUGCCUCCUUUUUUCCCAAGUCAGUUUCGUUUCUAACACCCUGCUUUAUUGUUUUCUUGCCAUUCCUUUGAUUGCGUUGAGGCUACUGGAGACCUCUAGCUUGCGUACAAUGAUACUCCAACUCUGAUGAUAUCUUCAACGUACGGCCGGGAACACUGUUUCCUGCUAUCACGACUAGCUCCGUAGCCUUUAUUCCGAGGUUUAUAACCCUGUCUUUAUUUAUUGCAUAUAGCAACUCAUAACGGUGGCGCCGACCAAGGAGCAUCUGUGACAAGCCAAGUUCGACAUGGCGUAAAACAAGCAUAUUGCCAAGGGCAUAUCGCACUAUGUAUCAUCGAACAUAUUAGAAUUAACUGUCGCCAUGCUGCAAGCCAUACUCCUUCCCAUCACAGCCUAAGCCGGGACCAGGGGCCAUAGUGUCGG